CAGUUGAGCCCCGGCUCAAACACAUAAGUGAGUUGCUAGCAACGAUGGAAUAAAUCUGCAGGACUGGACAAGUAUCCAACUUUACAGAAUCAUGUUAUGGACAAUAUUCUUACUUGGACUUCUUAUACUAGUGCUCCUUUACUCCACUCGCACAAGACAGAAAAAUGAGCCCCCUCUGGACAAAGGUUUCCUUCCGUGGUUGGGCCAUGCUCUUGAGUUUGGAAAAGAUGCUGCAAAGUUUUUGUCCCGGAUGAAAGACAGACAUGGGGAUAUCUUUACAGUCCGUGUUGCUGGCAAAUACGUGACGGUGCUGUUGGACCCAAACUCUUUCGAUGGCGUAAUGAACGACACAGUCUGCUUGGACUUCACCCGCAGCAGAAACCAGGUCAUUCAAAGGAUCUUCAGUCUGCAGCUGCCGAGUAUCAAACCUUCAGCGGAGAGGCAAUGGAUGGAACAGCAUUUUCAAGGUCUCAAUCUCUCCAAACUCUGCGGCUCGAUGAACUCUAACCUCCAGAAGCUGCUGCUGAGCGAUCAGAGCGGCUGCAGUCCUUCAGAGUGGAGACAGGACGGGCUCUUUAACCUUUGUUACAGCCUACUCUUCAGGGCGGGAUACCUGACAUUCUUUGAGAAGAGAGACAACGCUACUGAAGUGUAUAAUGAGUUCCGCAAGUUUGACGAUCUUCUCGCCAAACUGGCUCGCUGCUCACUCAGGCGAGAUGAAAGCAAAACCGCCAAGCUAUCCCGGGAGCGACUGUGGGAGCUGCUGACCCCCGAAUGUCUGAGGGGUUACUCAGAGUCAAACUCCUGGCAGCAGAAAUACCAUCACUUCCUGCAGAAGGAGGGAAUAGAUGCAGAAAUGCAGAAAAAAGCGCUACUCUUGCAGCUGUGGACCACACAGUGCAAUGCUGGACCUGCUGCCUUUUGGCUCCUUGGCUUCCUGCUCACUCACCCUGAGGCCAUGGAGGCAGUUAAAUCAGAGAUCAGAGGCCAUACUCUGCAGGAUACUUCCCUGCAGCGCCCCCCCAUCAACCCGCUGGAAGCACACGGCACACCUGUGCUCGAUAGCGUUCUGAGCGAGACCCUGCGACUCACGGCUGCGGUGAUGAUCCGCAGAGAGGUAGUGCAUGGCAAAGUCCUGCAGAUGGCCAACGGACAGGAGUACCACCUCAGACGGGGGGACGUGGUGUGUCUGUUCCCCUUCCUCAGCCCUCAAAUGGACCCACAGAUACACCAGGAACCACAGAUUUUCAAGUACGAUCGCUUCUUAACUGAUAGGAAAAUGAAGGAUACAUUCUACAAAGACGGAAAAAGGCUGAAGUACUACACCAUGCCCUGGGGUGCAGGGAGCAACAUCUGCGUUGGGAAAGAGUUUGCUGUGACGGCCAUUAAACAGUUUGUCAUCUUGCUCUUGACCCAUCUGGAUCUGGAGAUGUGUGACCCAGAGGACAAACUGCCACCAGUCAAUACGAGCCGCUACGGCUUCGGGAUGCUGCAGCCGGACGGAGACCUGCAGGUCCGGCACCGACUAAAGAACACACAAAAUGAAAUUUGACUUGAUAAUUUCAUUAAUUGUAAAUAACUGUAAAAUUGUUGAUUGAUUGAGCUUUUGAUUAUGCGUACUGUAGCACUAUUUAUUCAGCGUUUUAUUCACUGACUGCAUAUUUUAAAUUGUUUGUUAUUAAUAUUUUCAAUAAAAAGUAAACCUGA